AUGCCUUCGCAUCAGGAUCGGCGGCCGAUCGUCUACAGAGUGAUGGCAAUCCCAACGGCCGAGGAUGAUCGGACUGACUUGAAUUACUCGGCGCGGAACGACAACGCUUCUUGGCAAGCCUUGCUCAAAGACGUGAUUGUAGAGGCGCUUCCCAACGUCGAGGGCAGCCUCCUGGGCGUCAUCCUCUUCCGGCCCACCGACGACCGCAUCCAGGGUCUGAAGUCAGGAGCUGAGGCCAAAGCGGUGUUCCAGGAGUUGUUCCCGGAGUGGCCCACACCUCUUAUCCCGGAUGAGGAGUGGGAAGCCUUCGCCAAGAGGCGCACGCGAGAGCUUCCCCAGUUUGCCUUCGCUGGGCCGCAGCUGAGCCUAGAUGGGAAGUGCUGCCUUCUUGGCGAUGCCAUCCACUCCGUGAAGCCUUUCUUCGGUCUCGGUUUGAACAGUGGCUUCGAGGACAUCAGCGUGCUGGACGACUGCCUUGAGGAGACGAGCUCCGAUCCGAGUCGAGCCUUGCAGCUGUACAGCAGGCGCCGUGCUUCGCAGGCAAGAUGCCUGGUCGAGUGCCAGCGUCGAUUUGAUCAGCCGACGGAUCUCCGCUUUGCCUUGGCCUUCGUUCUUCCCUUGGUCUUGGACAGCAUCUUCAGCAAGAUCCUGCCUUCUGUUUUCGCGCCUUCCAUCCUGGCCCUCUUUCAGGACGGGGAGCUCUCGUUCACGGCUGCGCGCUGGCGGAAGCGACGUGAUCGUGCAUUGCAGGUACUUCUGAUACUCGGGGUCUUCUCAUUGUCUGUGCUGGCAGCACGGGGCACUGUGCGAAUAGUUUGCCAUUUGCUGAAGCGGGCUGCGCCCCACCAUGCUUUGGCUUGGUUGCACCUCCAUCACGAGAUGCUGUAG